AUGAGAGCGGCUGAUAGCUGGCUUUGGCUGCAGGACCUUGAUUCCCCUUCUGAAGGCAUUGAUCAUCCCAUUGACCCUGUGGGAAAACGUGACAAACGUCCAGCUGUAAAAGACCUGAUUGUGGACCACCGACGCGAACUGGACGAGCUUCGCGCUGCUCUCCUCCAUGAGCCGCUUUUCAAGGCUAGCAAGCAUGAUGAUUUAUGGCUGUUGCGAUUUCUGGUCAGCCACAAGAAGAAGCAUUCAGCCGCUUUGAAAGCCGUCAAGUCUACCCUUGAGUUUCGCCUGGAGCACAAGUUGGAUGAAUUUGAUAUUCGACACUUGAACAUGAAUUCCAAUCAAGAUACGCAGUCAAUUGAAAACGUUGAUACAAGGACUACUCAUCCCUAUACAGAAUCCCUCAAGAAACUCUUUAAUUGCUGCCAACAUGACUUUUUCCUAACCUACCUGCCCGACAAUCAACGUGGAAUCAUCAAUAUGGUUCAAUUGAAGCAACGGGAUCAAGCACGCAUGGUGAAGGAACUCACCGAGGAGGAAUACUUCCAGUGUCAUGUGAUGAUUGCCGAGUGGUUGUUUCAGCACCUCGAUGUCAUUACCCGAAGUACUGGACGCUUGACCAAAUCUUUGCGAUUGUCAGAUGCUGCUGGGAUGCACUUGAGCAUGUUGGAAAAGAAACAAAAGAUCAGAGAAAGCAAAGCAGCCAAGAGAACGGAAUUUGUUUAUCCACAACUAUUGUCAAGUGUGUUGAUUGCCAAUGCUCCUACUUGGGCUAGUCUCGUCUUUGCCAUGGUCAGGCCAAUUGUACCAAAGGGACUACUAGAAAAAGUGAGUCUCAUCAAACCCCACAAACAUGAAAAAGACCUGGAGCGGAUCCUGGAACAUUGCUCCAGAGACCACUUGGCUGUCCGGUAUGGGGGAGACUUGGAGGAAUGGCCUCCUAGGACUUUGGUAGCUGUCUCAGGUUAG